CUUACACACCGGAUGCGAGAUGCAUGUCAGUGCAGCUUGACUCACACCGUUCCUACAAAGAUGCCAUUUAAAUAAUGAGUAGGACUUCAGCUUCAACUCGGGGAAUGCCCCCCCGUUAAGCAACAACUUUUUGCGUGUGAAUCUUGUGGUCGAUAUUGAUCGGAAAUGCACCUCCUCCAACUACCAAACGAGCUUCUACAAGUAGUCGCAGACAACCUAUCCACGGAUGCAGACCUGAACGCUUUGAUCCAAACACACAGUCGCUUUUACCACCUGCUAGAAACUUAUUUGCUUGAGCACAAUGCCCGCUAUGGCGAGAGCUCUGCCCUCGUCUGGGCCGCAGCGCACGGCCAAAUAGAAAUAGCAAAGAAGUCACUUGGAGCAAAAGCAGAUGCCAACACCCUUGGUCGCCUCCACCAUUCUAUCAUCAAGCUCAGCUUUCGUACUUGCCCAAGCAUUGCCUUGCCUUAUGAUCCUGUUUAUGAAUGGGACUUCCCCGACCGUCGGUGCAGGUCAACGCCGAUCAUGCUAGCGGCAGUGUGUGGACAUAAGGAGAUUGUUGAGCUUUUGUUCCACCACGGCGCCGACAUCAAUCGCGUAGUCGGCGGCGUAUGUACCCCUCUACUCGGGGCGAUAGGACAUGGGCAUGUUGAUGUUGUGGAGUACUUACUAGUCAAUGGUGCUGAUCUGGAUGUCGACCUGGAUGGUUACUUCAACUAUAAUGCACUCGAGCUCGCAGCGCAUGAAGGACAUGUGGAGGUGGUGAAAGCGCUGCUCCGGCAUGGAGCGGAUCCCAACAAGUCCUCACCACUCGCGCUUGCAACCGGUAUGGGCAGACUGGAGGCGGCGCGUGUGCUACUUGAAGCCGGAGCAGACAUUGGGGGAGAAGCUGUUGACAACGUCGGGACAGAUGCAUUUUUCAAUGCAGUGCAUCGCGAUAAAGCAGCAGUAGUCAGCUUGUUGAUUGAGUAUGGGGUCAGCCCUGAACGCAGAGACAACGACGGCAUGACUCCCCUCGCAUAUGCCGCUUAUUAUAGACAUGAUAAGGUUAUUGAAGUACUUCUGAGCCAUGGUGCCAAUGUUAACGCCUUGGUCCAUGGCUUUACCGCGUUAUCCUUUGCGAUCGAUGAAGGAAAGGUGCCGGCGGUAAAACUACUGCUCGAGAACGGUGCUGAUUUGACCAUGACGAACGAGCCAUUUCUUUUACGUACACUUAAGAGAAGCCACGAUCAGGAAGCGGACACCGUGAUAGUGGAGCUGCUACUGAAUCACAGAGCCGAUCCCAACUGCUGUGACCGGAAAGGGAGGACGCCAUUGUUUCUUGCUACAGUUAAACAGAAUCUUGAUAUUAUGAGGUUGUUGCUUGUGCACGGAGCCAACCCAAACCGAGAAGAUGAGGAAAUCAAUUUAUUAUCAUGGGCCUUUCUGAAAGGUCACGCAGACAUGGUGAAUUUGUUACUCGCAUAUGGCGCCCGUGAGUCAUGGCGAAGAGGUGACCACAUCAUGAUACAUUGAGUCUCCAUCCAUCUAUCUUGAGAAUCUCAAAAUGGCAGAAGAGUUUAUCUCAGCGCCGGAUCUAACAUCUUGGACCAUUGUACUUCCGCGAGCUCCUAAUACCUCUGUCUGCCAGUCCCCAACAAUGCUGAGCAGUCAUGACACCACUCAGCCUCCCGAAUACUACUAUCAUGUAUACAAAUUUGGUGAACCAGAUCCAGCCUCGCUCGAGUGCCUCAGUCAAGAGCUUCCUGCUUCGGAUGACGACGAAAUGUUGGAUGAUGAAAGCGACUUUGAUAGCGAGGAGCCUCUGCCUUCCAGUGAAUCUGAGUACUUUCCUGGGGGCUAUACGUCGAGAAGUCAGUAGG